GUUACGAAAAGUAAAUUCGACAAUUUGUAUGGAUGCCGUGAAUCGUUGAUCGAUGGUAUCAAACGGGCUACGGAUAUUAUGAUUGCUGGUAAAGUAUGCUGCGUUGCUGGUUACGGUGAUGUCGGCAAGGGUUGUGCUCAGGCAUUACGUGGAUUUGGCGGUCGUGUACUUGUCACCGAAAUUGAUCCAAUCAAUGCACUUCAAGCAGCAAUGGAGGGCUAUGAAGUGACAACCAUCGAUGAAGCAUGCACAGAGGCAUCGAUUUUCGUCACAACCACCGGAUGCAAGGACAUCAUCACCGGCAAACACUUCGAAAGCAUGAAAGACGAUUCGAUUGUUUGCAACAUUGGUCACUUUGACUGUGAAUUGCAAGUUGCAUGGUUGGAGAAGAAUGCCAAGGAAAAGAUUAACAUCAAACCACAAGUGGAUCGUUAUAGCUUGGCCAACGGACGUCACGUUAUCGUUUUGGCUGAAGGACGUUUGGUGAACUUGGGGUGUGCUAUGGGACAUCCAAGUUUCGUCAUGUCAAACUCAUUCACAAAUCAAGUUCUCGCUCAAAUCGAACUAUGGACCAAAAAACCAAACGAAUACCCAAUCGGUGUUCAUAUGCUGCCAAAGAAAUUGGACGAAGAAGUUGCUCGUUUGCACUUGGAAAAAUUGGGCGUUAAAUUGACCAAACUGACACAAGAACAGUCAGCAUACAUUCAUGUACCUGUCGAUGGCCCAUACAAACCAGAUCAUUAUCGCUAUUAAACUUCACAUUUUUCGUACAUUAAAUAAAUCAAAUCGGAUUUAUUCAAAUAAAGAUUGUUUUUCGGAAUGAUGAUUUAAAUUAAAAUUUUUCCACCAUUUUGCCACAUUUAAAGUACUGAGUUUUUCUUCUAUAUUUGAGCGGAAAAAAACAAAACUCCUUUUUCUAGGUGUGAAUAAACAAGCUCUGAA